GGAAAUCUCGCGAGGCUUCGGCGGGCGCGCGCGCGGCACGACUACGGCAGCAUCAUCUCUCGCUGGCGGAGCGGAGGGUGAGAAGGAGAGCGGCGGGCCCCGGACAUGUUGGGUGUCAAGUUUUGAUGAUGUUCCUGAAAGUUUAUAUUUGCCACGUUUGUUCUUCACCAUGGAUGUUGAUCAUGUAGUUCUUUAACGGUUUCAUCAUCAUGACAAGCUCAACUGAAAUGUUCUUCCGUGUCCAGAAGGACUUUUACCCAUCCCACAUAACUUACCACAAGUCCUGUUUAUUAAAUCUUGGAUAAAGCUGGUUAAAGAAACAACUGCAUGUUUUUUAUUUUUAUUUUUAAAAGAAGUCUUGCUUUUGGUUUUAAAUUUUAGGUGCUAGAAAAUGAAAUUUCCAUUUUAUUGGCUAGUCGAGUCCCAAAGAGAGUGAUUUUUUUUUUUUGGAGGCUUGGGGAUCGAAAAAUUAAGUUGGCAUGGCUACUGAUCCGACGUGAUUGGCUGGAACUGCUCUGGAACUCAUGAGUGGGUACACCAUGUUGCGAAAUGGGGGUUUUGGGAACGGAGGUCAACCAUGGAUGCUCCGGUGGUCAAGUCGAAUUAGACUUUCUUGGCUCAGCUUCACACUGUUCAUCAUCCUGGUUUUCUUCCCUCUCAUCGCCCACUAUUACCUCACCACCAUCGAUGACGAUAACGACCGAAGCAAACCAAUGUUUGGUCCACGGACGGGUAACGAACUUUGUGAAGUGAAGCAUGUUCAGGAUCUGUGUCGGAUCCGAGAGUCCGUCAGCGAAGAGCUCCUGCAGUUGGAAGCCAAGAGGCAGGAGCUCAACAGCGAGAUUGCUAAGUUGAACUUAAAAAUAGAAGCAUGCAAAAAGAGUAUAGAGAAUGCAAAACAGGACUUGCUUCAGCUCAAGAAUGUCAUCAGUCAAACGGAGCAUUCAUAUAAAGAACUGAUGGCACAAAAUCAGCCAAAGCUUUCAUUGCCAAUCCGGCUUUUGCCAGAUAAAGACGAUGUUGAUGUACCUUUGCCAAAGUCCAAAAGGAAUUGCCGGCUGCAUAAUUGUUUUGAUUACUCAAGGUGUCCCCUUACUUCGGGUUUUCCUGUUUAUGUAUACAAUGGAGAUCAGUACCCUUUUGGCAACUUAAUAGAUCCGUUGAUCAAGCAAGCCUUGGAGGCCAGUGUCAGAACUAAUGUAUACGUGACUGAAAAUGCAAAUGUUGCUUGUAUAUAUGUAGUUUUAUUGGGAGAAAUGCAAGAAUCCUUAAUGCCAAAACCUACUGACCUAGAACAACAGUUGCACUCUUUGCCAUAUUGGAGGACUGAUGGCCACAAUCACCUUAUUAUUAAUUUGUCUAGGAAAUCCGAGACCCAAAACUAUCUUUAUAAUGUCAGCACAGGGCGUGCCAUGAUUGCUCAGUCCACCUUUUACGAUAUACAGUAUCGGCCGGGGUUUGACAUCAUCACAACACCAUUAGUCCACGCAAUGUCCGAACCCAACUUCCUAGAGAUUCCCGCACAGGUGCCAGUGAAGCGGAAGUACCUUUUCAGUUUCCAAGGAGAGAAGAUCGAAUCCUUGCGUUCAAGCCUGCAAGAGGCCCGUUCGUUUGAAGAGGAAAUGGAAGGUAACGCACCAGCUGACUACGAUGACCGCAUCAUCACCACUCUUAAGGCUGUCCAGGACAGCAAGUUAGACUUUGUCAUGGUUGAGUUUACGUGUAAAAACCAGCCCAAAGCAAGCCUGCCCACUGAGUGGGCCCUAUGUGGAGGAAGGGAAGACAGGUUAGAGCUACUGAAGCAAUCCACAUUUGCACUUAUUAUUACCCCUGGAGAUUCCCAGCUCAUCAUAUCUGCUGGCAGUGCCAUGCGACUAUUUGAGGCUCUUGAAGUAGGAGCCAUCCCAGUCAUUCUUGGGGAACAGAUCCAGUUACCAUACCACGACAUGAUACGGUGGAAUGAGGCAGUGUUAAUCAUACCAAAACCACGUAUCACCGAGGUACAUUUUCUCUUAAGAAGCAUUUCUGAUAAUGACCUCCUUGCCAUCAGAAGGCAAGGACGUUUCCUAUGGGAGAUCUACUUUUCUACAUCCGAUACUGUUUUUAACACCAUCCUGGCAACGCUAAGGACUCGUAUCCAAAUUCCAGCAGCUCCUAUCAGGGAGGAGCCAGCUGUGGAAAUACCUCACCGCUCUGGAAAAGCUGCUGGUACAGACCCAAACAUGGCAGACAACGGAGACUUGGAUUUGGGACCAGUUGAAACCGAACCGCCAUACGCCUCUCCUAAAUACCUGCGUAACUUCACUUUGACUGCAACCGAUAUUUACCGUAACUGGAAUUCGGCCCCGGGUCCUUUUCAUCUAUUUCCACAUACACCUUUCGACCCCGUCUUGCCCUCUGAAGCAAAGUUCCUGGGAUCUGGUACUGGGUUCCGUCCAAUAGGUGGCGGGGCCGGUGGAUCUGGAAAAGAGUUUCAGGCUGCUCUUGGCGGAAAUGUCCCAAGGGAACAGUUCACUGUGGUUAUGUUGACCUACGAACGAGAGGAAGUAUUGAUGAACUCCCUGGAGAGAUUAAAUGGACUCCCUUAUUUAAAUAAAGUUGUCGUAGUUUGGAAUUCUCCCAAGUUACCCUCUGAGGACCUCUUAUGGCCAGACAUUGGUGUGCCUAUAGUGGUGGUGCGCACAGAAAAGAACAGUCUAAACAAUCGUUUCCUUCCCUGGGAUGAGAUAGAGACCGAGGCUGUCCUCUCCAUCGAUGACGAUGCUCACCUCCGCCAUGAUGAAAUCAUGUUUGGGUUCCGUGUGUGGAGGGAAGCCCGGGACCGCAUUGUUGGCUUUCCUGGACGUUAUCAUGCCUGGGACAUCCCUCACCAGUCCUGGCUCUACAACUCCAACUAUUCCUGUGAGCUGUCCAUGGUGCUGACAGGAGCUGCCUUCUUCCACAAGUAUUAUGCCUAUUUAUACUCCUACGUGAUGCCGCAGGCGAUCCGGGACAUGGUGGAUGAGUAUAUUAACUGCGAGGAUAUCGCCAUGAACUUCCUGGUCUCCCACAUCACCCGUAAACCUCCCAUCAAGGUUACAUCUCGCUGGACCUUCCGUUGCCCAGGCUGUCCCCAGGCGCUCUCCCACGACGACUCGCACUUCCACGAGCGACACAAGUGCAUCAACUUCUUUGUCAAAGUGUAUGGAUACAUGCCCCUUCUCUACACCCAGUUCAGGGUGGACUCUGUUCUCUUCAAGACUCGGCUUCCUCAUGACAAAACAAAAUGUUUCAAAUUUAUAUAAAAAAAACCCACCCAUGCCUGACACACUGGAAUUCCAUCAGUAAGGUCUUCUGAUGUCCCGCUACCCAGACGUUGCCUCAAGUAUUCUCUCCAGUCUUAAUAAAAAGAUGAACUUCAUUAUAGGAAAAUCUGUAUUAUAGAAGACUUCUGUACAAAAAAUUCUGACUCCCGUGGAUUAUUUUUUAUUUUUUCCCUUUUAACUGGCCAAGGGGAUUUUUUUUUUUUAAAUGACCAUACAAAUAUUUUACAUUUGUGUGGAGACACUUUUACCUGCUUUAUGAGACAUACGUUGACUCAAUGUAGACCUUUUGGUUUGGUGGGAUCUGACACGUGUAUAAACCGUUUAUACCACACAACUGAAGACCACAUAUGGUCAUCUUUAACUGCGACAGCAUCGUCAAAUGAAUUCUGUAAAGUUUAUUUUUUUUAAUUGACCAUCCAAAGACUUGGAAACAGUCGUAUGGUAGAUAUAUUGUUCUUUUUAAAGGAGCUAAAGGUUGGAGAAUUUAUCUCGUAAUGAUCAUGACGCACAAAGCUGCCAAUGGAAACUUUAGGCCGACCUACCCGCCUGCUCCCUACCCUCUCCCCUCCCCACCCUGCCAAGUUAUACGACGUACGAAUAAAGCACAGAAGCGCACCAUGUCUUUAUUGGUUUCACGUUUGUACAUUAAUAAAUCUCUGUACAGAUCGAUGAGUUUAGAAUGAUGUGUUUAGUCAUUGGACUGGUGUUGGCGGGUGACGAUGUGGUACCUGUUUACAGUCAUAGACUUUAUUAAUAAAAUAUAACAAGAUCUUCUUUUGGAAUUUUGAAGAAAAUUAACAGAAUUGAAUCUACUGGUCUCAAAAGGCAAAGAUGAAAUGUUUAUAAAGAGUAUAGACCAUCAAUCCACUUUAUAGGAUUAGUGAUGUAGUCUAAACCUGUGGUAAAAAAAUGAAAUUCUUUUUUUUUUUUUUUUUAAAUAUGGUCAACACAAAAACGUUGAAUAAAAAAUGUUGAUUAUCAGUGAAUAUUUGUUUCCAUGGCAAAAAUGUAAGUUACUAAAUACUCCAACAACCUUUGAUCCUAAAGUAGAGCAUUGGCUAGACUAUGGGAGAUAUUUAGAUUUUAAAUAAGUUAUAAAAUAGGCUCCAAGUGACCCCCGUAACCGCAAGCACUGUAAAGCAAUUCAUCCUCAGUUUUUUAUUUUUUAACUCAAUACAUUUUUUUAUUGAAAUACAAUGAAAGCGUUACAGUAACAUAAA